AUGUCACGCAUAAUUAAAGAAGACCUUGGUCUUGGUGCUUAUCGAAGAAGCACCGGUCAGCGGUUGACAGACGCUUUACGUCAAAUUAGAAUGACAAGAGCGAAGAAGUUACUUAAGCGGUACUCAAAAAAUGGCCACAGACAGAUAAUGUUUACAGAUGAAAAAAUUUUUACUGUAGAAGAAAUAUUUAACCGUCAAAAUGAUAGAGUUUAUGCUCACAGCUCUCGGGAAGCUGCUGAAAAAAUUCAAAGAGUAGAAUGA